UCUGUAAAUUUGAUUCAAUUGAUGAAUUAGAACCCACAUAAUCAAAUUUAUCUGAGCUAGACACUUUUGCAACAAGUAAUAAAGAAAUGAACACACCGUAUGAACUAAAUUUUCUUUAUUUUUCCAGCAGUUUCUCGUUGACCAAACAACCACCAAAGUUGAAGGGGGGUAGAGAAAGGGAAGAACUAGCGAUCGUUCGAUAAAAUUGAGGGAAAAUGAGAAAAAAAAUUAUACGAUUAAAUGGAUAAUAGAAGUAGUGGGAAAAAGGGGAAGCUUCAGUACCUUACGUGUCGGACUUUGUAGAGCGAAGCUGAGGGAAAGAGACUGCUGGCUCCGGUGAGAUGAAAAGAAUUGGAAAACGAGGAUAUUUAUACAAGCAGGCGCGUGGGUACAUUGGUGUCGAUCCGUGUGCCGAUGUGUUUUAGGAGAAAUCUAGACCGUUGUUUUCUAUCGGACGUCUGAGGUUGCGACUUUUUUAUACAAUGUGGAUUGAUGGCGUGGCAUUUCACCUUCUAUCCCUAUUCAGAAUUGUAUUGCGUUUGGUAAUAGAGAAAGCCGGAGGCUCUGCGUUUCUCAGUGUCUUGUUCAAAUUGAAUGAAAAUUUGGAAAAAAAUUUUGGUGCAAUUUCGCUUGAUUCAGUGGUUGAGGGAGGUGAUGAAACUCUAGAGGAUAAUCAUUUGAUGAUUUUUUCUCGCUGGAAGUGCCAAGCUUAUUCGUUAACCCUUCCUUUCUGUUGAUUGGGUUGCUCAGCUCUCUGCUCUCGAUUCAAUUGUAAACCAGCUACCGGAACCAGCAAAUGCUGUCUCGAGCUGGCACCAGCCAGCCACGGUGGUCUCUAGGUCAGCUCUUCUUCACCUUUUCUCACCGCUUCUCGGCUAGGCUGAAUUUCUCCUCCAUAUCUGAAGUCAAGGUAUUGAAUCAUUUGGAUGACGAGUGUGGAGAUUUCUUGCCAUGGUUGGAGAGGAAAGCUGGUGUCCAGGUUUCAUCCAAGCUUUACAUUGGGAAAGUCUCCUACGGCAGAUGCAGGUCUCUAUUUGCUUCUAGAGACAUACAAAUUGGGGACUGCAUAUUGAGAGUUCCAUAUAGUGUUCAAAUAUCAUCAGAUAAUCUACUUCCAAAAGCGUCAGCUUUAUUAGAUGAUCAAGUUGAGAGUGUUACGAAGGUUGCUAUUGCACUUUUGGUUGAGCAAAAACUUGGCUGGCAGGAAUCUGAGUGGGCCCAUUAUGUAAGCUGCCUUCCUCAGCUUGGAGAAAUGAAUAGCACGAUAUUUUGGAGCAGAAGUGAGUUGGACAUGAUUUGUCAAAGCUUCGUGUAUCAAGAAACAAUCAAACAAAAAGCUCAACUUGAAAAGGAUUUCCUUAGAAUCAAGCCGGCUCUUGAGCAAUUCCCGCAUAUUUUAAGGAGAAUCACAUUUAAGGAUUUCAUCCAUGCAUAUGCUUUAGUUAAAUCUCGAGCUUGGGGAAGCACAAAGGGAGUAUCUCUGAUUCCAUUCGCGGAUUUUCUGAACCAUGAUGGGGUUUCUGAAGCAAUUGUGUUAAAUGAUGAAGACAAACAUGUCUCUGAGGUCAUUGCUGAUCGCAAUUAUGCUGCUCAUGAAGAGGUACUGAUUAGAUAUGGAAAAUUUUCAAAUGCUACCUUGCUCUUGGACUUUGGAUUUACACUUCCAUACAAUAUCCAUGACCAGGUCAAGGUUCAGAUUGAUAUACCUCAUCAUGAUCUCUUACGAGAAACGAAGUUGGAAAUUUUGAAAAAACAUUAUUUACCAGCCAUUGAAGAUGACAAUGGCUUCAAGACUUCAUGGGAUUCUUUCAUAAUCAAAGAAGUGAAGUCUGCUGUAGGAAAAGGGAAGGGUGUGCCACAGUCACUUCGUGCGUUUGCUCGGGUUCUAUGUUGCACUUCUCAUCAAGAUUUAAGUGAUUUGGUCCUGGAAGCUGUGCAAAAUGAUGGUCGGUUGGCUAGGCGCCCCUUUAAAAGUAGGAGCAAAGAGAUCCAAGCACAUGAGAUCUUGUUGUCACAUCUCACUAGACUUAUUGAGGAAUAUAAUGCCUCUGUUAAGGUUUUGUUGGCUGAACAAACAUUCCACUUGGUUAUUUCCCGACUCAAAAAGAUACCCAAUCAACUUUGGAGACGGAUAUUGCCCAGUUAAGAUACCCAGUCAAAUAUGGAGCUGAAUUUUUUUACUGGUUAUAGUCUGCAUUAGUGUCAAUAUGUGGAAAUAAUUAGAUAUAUCCACACGCAGUUUGACAAUCUUAGAUACAAAAGAUGCAACUUGUAUGUUGAUAUAUCUCUUGCAUGAAAUGUUGACAUUAUUUUUAGAACAAAUCAACAAAUUAAAAUGAAUUCAUUUCAUUUACCGAUGAACUCAUGAACUCCCAUAUCUAGAAUCUUAUUAUAUAUUAAACAUAAAUUUUAUAUGCAAAAUCUACCAAUGAUGACAGCUAAUUUCACGGAAUUAAGAGAUGGGAUUCCAAAUGAAUUUCUGUUCAUAUCAAAUAUGUCAACAUGGAUUUGUAAAUGAUUUGCAUAAAAUUAUUCUGGAAUACAUUCACACAUCAAACGACUUGUAAAAGAUAAUCAUGUCUUUUUAAGAGAAGCUUUUCAGUUCUAAACCAUUGCUUGUACU